AUGGAACUUGAAUAUCCCUACGACCGCAGCCGCCCGCUGCCCGAGAUCACCAUCGAAUAUCAAUACAAACUCUCCAACUGCCCCGGAAAGACCGUUAUCGGCGUGCGUAUUGCAUUUCCGCCAAAUGGCGCAGCUGCACCCCAUCGCCACGGCACCGCCUCCGUUGCCGGGUACGUUAUCAGUGGCACAGUGCAUAACAAGAUGAACAACGAUCCUGUGGAGUUGUAUACCGCCGGUGGUACUUGGUACGAAGCGCCUGGUUGUUAUCACCGUAUCAGCGAUAACGCGAGCAAGACUGAGCCGGCAAUUCUUCUCGCAACUGUGAUUCUAGAUACCGAUGUCUUCGAGAGAGAUGGGAUGGAUGCGAUUAUUCAGAUUGAUAAGGAGUAUCUUUGA